AUGGUACGCGCUCAGGAUGAGCAGGUGUGUGGUUCGAGUGGAGAUACCUUAGAGGAGGACACAAGGAAAACGUACAGAGGGCAUGUUUAUAACCCUGACUUCUGGGUCGAUGAGUCGUCGCGAUGCAAUUACUUACCGGAGGAUGAAAUGCUGGUUCUUUGUGACAUUUUGAUAGGCCGGUUAUCAUGUCAGCCAAAUAUUAUAUCUCUCUCUACUCCUGUUACUGUUUGCGGUGAUAUACACGGGCAGUAUUAUGAUCUACUAAAACUCUUUGGAACUGGUGGCAAAGUUCCUGAGAACAAAUAUGUUUUCAUGGGAGAUUAUGUCGAUAGAGGAUACUACAGUCUGGAAACGUUAACCUACUUAUUCUGCCUGUUGUUACGGUAUCCGUACCAAGUCACGCUUUUACGGGGAAACCAUGAAUCUCGAAGGAUAUCUUCUGUAUAUGGUUUUUAUGAUGAGUGCUUACAAAAAUAUGGCAACUCCAUUGUGUGGCGCGCGUGUUGUAAGGUCUUUGAUGUCCUGCCCAUCUCUGCUCUUAUUGAUGGUCGCAUUUUUUGCGUUCAUGGAGGCCUUUCACCAGAAGUAAAUACCUUGGAACGAAUUUUAACCAUAGAAAGAGCGCUCGAAAUACCUAACAAAGGCGCAUUGUGUGACAUCAUGUGGUCUGAUCCCGAUUCUUCUGCCACUGAAGGAUGGGAGUUGAAUCGUCGUGGUGCUGGCUGGAUGUUUGGUCGUGAAGUUACAAAACGAUUUCUGGAUACCAAUGAUCUGGAAUUGAUUUGUCGGUCGCACCAGUUGGUGUCUGAAGGAUUCAAAUACGCAUUUGACGACUUCCUUUGCACUGUGUGGUCAGCGCCAAAUUACUGUUAUCGGUGUGGAAAUGAGGCAGCUAUAUUGAAAUUAGGUCCUAAUGGGGAACGCGAAGUCGUAAAAUUUGAUGCUGCAGCUGAAAAUGAACGCGAAAAACCUGAUCGUGUCGUUGCUCCCUACUUUUUAUAA